CCCGGCUCCCAGCUCCUGCAAUGCAGCGGCCUGUUGCGCCGGGCUCCCUAUGCAUCGUGCCUGCUGGCUCCGGGCAGGGACCGCCCUGCUACGUGUGCUACUGCGAGGGCCCCGAGGGGCCGGGGUUGGACCCUGAGCCUGGACAGACCUGCGCUUUCAACAUCUAUGUAACUGAUGCCCUGGAGCUCUGGAACACCAGCUUCACCCCGGAGACCUUGGAGAAACAUAAAGCCCAGCAUGGUCUGGAUGGUGCUGAGGACUAUUCAGCUUGGUUCAGGGUUGCCUGUGACCAGCACGCAGUAUCUUUGACCUUGAAAGAUGACAGCAGCGUUCACCUGACUAUCUCCAGGGAAGCAGAAACCCUGACUUUUAACCUUUCUAAGGUGCCCAGCCCUGACGCAGCCCCACGACUCCAGGCAUUGAUGCUGAGGUUGGCAGAGCAAGUAUGCAGAUUGGAAAGGCAGCUGGCAGCUUUGAAGGAUGAGACCCCCAGCCCCAGAAAGAAACCCCAGUCAGGCGGGCAGCAGCUGUUUUUGCCAGAUCCAGAUUCUGGAAGAGGUGCUCCAGGCCCUUUGAUCAGGAAAUGGAUGCCAGGAGAAUCGAUCAUCAAUCCUGGCUUCAAGAGUAAGAAGCCAGCCAGUGGAGUGAACUUCGAUGAUACCUGACAUAGUAACUCCUGUGUGAGUCUCCUGCCUCCUGGGGAAUGAGGAUUUGAGGAGUUACAGGGCUCUAAGGAAACUGAUGGACCUCAGAGCCCAGGCUGAAGCAGGAGGAAAGGCCAAGUUGGCCCUGUCCAGGGGAGUGAGUGAUUCAUUAAGUCUGUGACAGCUGGCUCCCUGAUGCUCUCUAUUUUGCAAAGCAAAGUAAAUACACAAAUAUUUAUUGUCUACUAUGUGGAACACUCAGACUUUCCUUAGACUUAUCUCAGUCUAGGGAGUGGGCUGGGAGAUCCUUAGACCACCUCCCCCCCACCCCAAACUUAGGGAGAAGGCUGGUUCCCUGGUACAGGGUUGCUCUAGGGGUGGGGGCUGAAAUAUGUAAACAGAUUGUGUCAGCUCAAACCUCCAACCAGGCCAAAUUACUUUGUGAAGGCGGCUCCCUCUCUUUCCCUACAGGUUUCAGGGGUGGGGUGGGGUGAAAGGUGGGGCAGACCUAGUUUGACCAGGGUGAAUCACUCAUGAGGGUCUCACACCCUGGGAUCAGGUAAAAUGUUUGCCCUAUCACAAAUAUCAAGUGAGAUAAUAUUCAUAAAGCACUUAGCAUAGUGCCUGGCACAUAGUAAGUAUAGGUUUAAUAAAGGCUCCUUCGCUUCCUGUCCCCUA